CCCAAGUGGUCCGACUCAAGGGAGAGAUCAGGUCCGAUACCCUGAGAGAGAUAGUCGAACCUGGGGCUGACAAUGCUGCGCUUAAGAGGAUGUACGGGAGGUACCUGAGGUCAGAAAGCUUCCGCAAAGCGCUCAUCUACCAGAAGAAGUAUCUGCUAUUAUUACUGGGCGGCUUCCAGGAGUGUGAAGAAGCCACGCUGUCACUGCUUUCCAGGAUGGGUGGCCGGCCCUCGCUGUCCAGCCUGGAAUCCCUGAGCCAGCGCCGCCGAGGGCUGACACGCUUCCGCUCUGCUGUCCGAGUCUCUAUUGCCCUCUCCAGAAUGCGUUUCCUAGUGAAGCGAUGGCACAAGGCGACAGGGAUGAGCUCCACAGCCUCCUGCAACAUCAACAAGAAUGGAGUAGGGCAGACAUUAGGUACAGAGGUGAGAGACUCCCCAUAUCUUCACCCAGGCAGCGUGGAAAUAUACAGAGAAAGAGGAGGAAUCUCCAGCAGCAGGGGGCGAAGUGGGCGUGAGUCCCCCAGAUCAGCCGUCUCCUCCACACAACAGAGGUUCCACAUGCCUGGAGACCACGGAGCUCUCACCUGUUCCCACCUGCAGAAUUACGACCCCGACCGAGCGCUCACUGACUACAUCUCUAGACUGGAGGCCCUGCAGAGGCGGCUAGGGAGUGUGACAGCAGGUGCUUCUUCAUAUGCUCAGUUGCACUUUGGCUUGAGAAGAUAGAUGCUGACAAGUUACCUUGGCUUGAAACUUAGUUGCCUUUUCUCGUGCUGAGCGCUCCUGUUUCUCUCUCUCUCUCUCUCUCUGGUGGGGACUCUCUCUUUCCAUGUGGACCAAAAAGAAUUUUUUAUCUGUGUACGACAUGUUGUAUUCAGGCUUUUUGUCGCCAGCACUUGAAAAACAGCUAUGUUUGUAAUUUGAUCUGCCUCUUUGUUGUGGAUGAAAUACAAUCAUGUAUAUUUGUCAAAUGCUAAUUUAAGACCUUGUGAUUAAUUUAUGUUAAUUUUAUUGUAUGGGUGGAGCACUAUGUAGAGAAUGUUUGGGUUUAUUGUUAAGGAGGCUGCUGCUGGAUAUCCUACACUACACUGUUUUCGUUGAGGCCGGACAGACUGCGAGGACAUUUGUAGAGAACGUAUUUUUGUAAAGCGUAGGAGCUUUGAAUUUUCUGGGUAUUUUGUCAAAAACUGAAAUAAAGAGGACUACAUCAUUUGACA